AACAAUUUCCUGGUCUAUUUUGAAUGUAUAUGAAUAUGUUAAGGCUUAUUUAAAACCUUUAAUUGAUACAGGGUACAUGUAGAUAGUAAUGUUUAACAAUAAUGCCCAACAAAAGAAUAUCUUCAAAUGACGAGCUCAUUGAUUCAGUUGGACUGUACAUCCCCAGGCCAUUGCUUCUGCAUGGUUACAUCUUCCCUUUCAUAUUUUUGUACUCGGUUUGGGCGUGGUUCUGGAUUUUUGUAUAUGGCAUCUCAGACCACUUUGAGGCGGGCCUCAUCAUUUUCUCGGGCAUAGCUUGUGUGCAGAUCCUCACAUGCCUCUUCUGCCACUGGUCUGUGCAUGUGCGGUGCCUCCUCACAUGCCGCAAGGUUGAGGCUGCUGAGCAGGCCACGGUGGCCAAGGUGGUGCCGCUGCCCAACAACGGCUCGGCUGAGAUUGUGUCCCUCCGACGCACCUUGGACAGCACGGGGCACACAAGCCUGUGGUUUGUGUUCCAGAAGAGCAAGUACGUGUGGGAUGGUGGGGAGCGCAAGCAGUUUGUGGCCCUCCAGUACCCUGUGGACCUCCCCCUGCACCAGUACAUGAACAGCAAGGGCUUCACCUCCGAGGACCAGAUCAACGAGGCGCUGCUGCAGUAUGGCAAGAACAGGUCGUGUGCUCACACUGAUGACACCACUCACGCUGAUGACACCACUCACACCACUCACGCUGAUGGUGUGCAGGUAUUCUGCGUGGGGCUGUGGUGUCUGGACGAGUACUGGUACUACUCACUCUUCACGCUCUUCAUGCUGAUAGUGUUCGAGUGCACGCUGGUGCAGCAGCAGCUCCGCAACAUGCAAGAGAUACGCAAGAUGGGCAACAAACCGUCCAACAUUCAGGUACACAGGCUUGGCAAGUGGCGCAGCGUGCUGUCAACAGAGCUGUUGCCAGGUGACAUCGUGAGCGUAAGUCGUGGCACCGGCAGCGGCGCGUCGGCCGAGACCAUCGUACCCUGUGACCUGCUGCUGCUGCGCGGCCCUGCCGUGCUGGACGAGAGCAUGUUGACGGGGGAGAGCGUGCCGCAGAUGAAGGAGAGCAUCGAGGGCGUGGACCUGCAGCGUCCCCUGGACCUGACCAGCGACGGCAAACUGCACCUGCUGUACGGCGGCACUAAACUCGUGCAGCACGUGGCACCUGCCAAGACCCAGGCGCUGCUUAAAGCCCCCGACAACGGCGUGAUCUGCUACGUGUUGCGCACGAGCUUCGGUAGCUCGCAGGGGCGGCUGCUGCGCACGAUCCUGUACUCGGUGAGCCGCGUCACCGCCAACAACUUCGAGACAUUUGUCUUCAUCAUGUUUCUGCUGGUGUUCGCUGUUGCUGCUGCUGCUUAUGUCUGGGUCAAAGGUUGCGAGGACCCAGAUCGUAACCGCUACAAGCUGUUCCUGGAGUGCACGCUGAUCCUGACGUCAGUGGUGCCCCCCGAGCUGCCCAUCGAGUUGUCCCUGGCCGUGAACACGUCCCUCUUGUCUCUGGCCCGCCUCCUGGUUUACUGCACCGAACCCUUCAGGAUCCCCUUCGCCGGCAAGCUCCAGGUCUGCUGCUUCGACAAGACCGGCACGCUCACCAGCGACGACCUGGUGGUCGAGGGCAUAGCCGGGCUAGACGGCAGCAGCGACGUGAUAGCCAUCACUGACGCCCCCCUACACACCAUACAAGUGGCUGCAGUGUGUCACUCGCUGGUGUGUCUGGAGGACGGCGUCGUGGGCGACCCCAUGGAGAAAGCCGCCCUCGUCGCCCUAGACUGGACGCUCACUAAAGGUAACAGCGUGGGGCCCCGGAAGGCCAGGUCGGGGGGCCUGAAGAUCCUGACGAGGCACCACUUCUCGUCGCAGCUCAAGCGCAUGAGCGUCGUGGCCUCCUGGUGCCCCCCUGGGGCCGCCGACACCUGCUACAUCGCCGCGGUUAAGGGGGCGCCUGAGACCCUCAGAGACAUGGUGAGCCCUGAACCCUGCCCAGCCCUGAACCCUGCCCAGGUGCGGGAGCUGGGGCGCGGCAGGGUGGAGAGCGGUCUCACCUUCCAGGGCUUCAUGGUGAUCUCGUGUCCCUUGAAGCGGGACUCGCGGGACGUCAUCCGGGAACUGCAGGACUCGUCCCAUGCCACGGUGAUGAUCACAGGAGACAACCCCCUGACGGCGUGCCACGUCGCCAGGCAACUUCACAUCACGCGCCCUGACACUACGCAGCUCGUGCUAGAGCGCGUGGAUGUGGCGGCAGGAGGCGAGGAUGUGUGGAUGUGGCGCAGUAUUGACCACACCGUCACGCUGCCUAUAGACAUCGAGGAGAAGUUCUUCCGAGCUUACGACUUCUGCGUCACGGGCGAGGGCCUGACCCAGCUACGUGCUACGUGCCCGAAGCUGUGGCCGCGGCUGCUGCCGCACGUGCGCGUGUUUGCCCGCGUGGCGCCCAAGCAGAAGGAGGACGUCAUCACUUCCUACAAGAAUAUUGGUAUCACCACACUCAUGUGUGGUGACGGCACCAACGACGUCGGCGCUCUCAAGCACGCUCAUUGUGGUGUUGCCAUCCUCUCGAACGCCCCCGAUAGACCGCCUGCCAAGAAGGCGAAGCCAACAGAGCCAGCCUUGCCACCCGCCAUGUCGGAGAAGCUCGAGGCUGCCAAGAAGCUUGCCAAGAAAAUUGACAAGCGGGGACUUGCUCCUGCCAACGUGCCAAGCACCAGACUCACCCCCUACCAGCUGCAGCAGCAGAAGGCCAGCGAGCAGCUGCAGAAGCUGCUGCAGGAGCUGGACGAGGAGCAGCAGCAGAUGGUCAAACUGGGGGACGCGUCCAUCGCGGCGCCCUUCACCUCCAAGCUGUCCUCCAUACAGUGUGUGGUGCACAUCAUCAAGCAGGGCCGGUGCACCCUCGUCACCACCCUGCAGAUGUUCAAGAUCCUGGCCCUGAACGCCCUCAUCCUGGCGUACUCGCAGUCCGUCCUCUACCUCGACGGCAUCAAGUUCUCCGACUACCAGGCAACCCUGCAGGGCCUGCUGCUGGCUGCCUGCUUCCUCUUCAUAUCCCGCUCUAAGCCGUUGCGGACACUGAGCAGAGAGCGGCCGCUGGCUAACAUCUUCAACGUGUACACGGUGCUGACGGUGCUGCUGCAGUUCUGCGUGCACUUCACGUGCCUCUACGUGCUCGUGCACAGCGCCAAGGCAAUCGAGCCGAACACCAAGAAGCCUGACCUGGAGCAGAGCUUCGAGCCGUCGCUCCUGAAUAGCACCGUGUACAUCAUCUCCAUGACGCUCCAGAUCUCCACUUUCGCCAUCAACUACCGGGGGCGGCCCUUCAUGGAGAGCCUGCGGGAGAACAAGGCCCUGUUGGGGUCGCUGCUGGGGACGGGGGGCCUGGUCAUGGCCCUCGCCCUGGGCCUCAUCCCCGCCUUUGCUCAGCAGUUCGAGAUCGUCGACUUCCCCCCUGAGUUCCGGGUGCUGCUGGUGCAGGUGCUACUCGCUGACGUCAGCCUGAGCUUCCUGGCGGACCGCAUGUGUCUCUUCCUCUUUGGGGAGGGCAAACUGAGGGCGGACCUGCGGCGCUGACGUCAACCCCCACAUAGGGAGGGCUGACGGCGAUAGACGUACGCUUUUGCUGCAUCGUGUUCAUCAUUGACAUCAUCGUCAGGCCCCCGAUGAUGGCUUGGCGAUGAUAGGUUUAAUGUUCUUUGUGAUUCUGUACAAGUUAAGGCAAUGAAGGCCUGGAGAGCAUUUCUGUACAUUUCCAUAAGUUAAGCUUUGAUGUAUUCCCCCCUUCCUCCUUGGGGGUGUGAUUUCUUGUCCCUUGGAACGCGUCCCCCCUUGUUGGGGGUUGCCCCUCCUUGUCUCGUACAGAGACGAGGGUCGGAGUUCGAGGCUCCUGAGGUGGGUAAUUUUAAAUCUUAUACGUUUUUAAUACUACGAAACAUUGGUGUGUGUGUACUGGUGAGGAUACGGAGGACUUCUUUCUGCAACUGCGGACCCAAACUGCGGUCUCCAACUUCGGUCUCCAACGUCGGUCUCCAAUUUCAGCCCAUAACUUCGGCCCCUAACUUGGUCUCCAACUUCGGUCCCAACUUCAUUCCCCAACUUCAGUCCCCAGCUUCAGUCCUCGACUUCGGUCUCCAUCUUCGGUCCCAACUUCAUUCCCCAACUUUUGUCCCGCGUUGAGAGGUGGACAGCGCUGUGCUCGAGUUGUGUAAAUUAUUUCUGUCUCAUUUGUGUAUCGCGAUGUAUGGUAUGUCUAUGUUGUUGGGUGCGUGUAGCGUGAUGAUUGUAACGUACGUGGUGAGUGCACAGUGCAUGAUGCGUGCGACCAGCACUACAUUUCACUCGACGUUCGUCCACCAAGUUGUCCGCAUUUGGUAUCCGUGAGCUCGGUAAAUAAACUUACUUGUGCU